UUGGAUGUGUGCGAUUUCACACAUGGUAUACAGAUACGUUUGGGCGCGAUUAAGGAUGCAAAAAGUGGUAUAUUUGCCUAUGAUAAAAAGAAAGGUGAAGAUGCGAAUAACCGAUGAAACGCAAUCGAAGCUUACCGACAAUAAUGAAGGCAAAGAUGGCUUUCAACCUGUGUUUAUCGGGUGCAGCCUUGGCCAACACUGUGAUGCGCAUCAGAUCAAUGCCAGCCAACCGAUGAUUGGAAGCCUGAUACUCGGCUUUGACCUCGCCGCAGCCAAUUCGUUUACUCAAGGAUGCUCCAUGUAUGAUAUUGAUCGAGGCAUCAGGUCGUGUAGUAGCUUGUUUUUCCUUGUCGUUGACAGAUGUCCUCUUCAAUUUGCAUUAUGGAUGUCAAAUCUCACUCUUCUCUGCAAUACCCAUUUCCUUCCCACCGAAAUUAUUUAUUUAUCAUCGAAAAAACAAUGUUGUUAUCCAAAUCCUCGAAAAGAGGAGCCAGGAUCGCUUCCAAAUGCCUUGUGAUUAAUUCAGUUUCCUUGGGCCCGUCUUCAACGGCAUGACGAGGUAGUUUUUUUCACCAUGUUCCGAAUGAUCAGCAGAACCCUGUUGGUAGGAUUGAGGUCAUUAUCUUGUAUCAGAGCAGAAAUUUAGGGUUUUGCUAUUUGCACUGUACAUCUGCACAUCAUUUUCCCAAUUAGUGACGUAAACAAUUCGAUUUACACAGCAAACAGCAUAUCUAUCGUAUUUACCUUAU